AUCUGGACCAUCAUAUGUACAAUUGCAACUAGCUAGAACUAGUAUAUAUAUCAUCAAAUACCAUGCGUGAGUUAUGCACGCAGUAGGGCGUCUUGUCUUAACUCUUAAGCCAGCUCCGAUGACAAGCUGCUUCAACAGCGGCGCCGGCUGGCCGGAGCCCGUGGUGCGCGUCCAGGCCGUGUCGGACACCUGCGGCGACACGAUCCCGGAGCGGUACGUGAAGCCUCUGCCGGAGCGGCCCCGGCUCUCGCCAGCCUCCGAUGUCGGCGGCGGCCGGAACAUCCCAGUCAUAGACCUGUCAAUGCCAGACGUGGACGCGACAUCCCGUGCUGUGGCAGCGGCGUGCCGGGAGUGGGGCUUUUUCCAGGCAGUGAACCACGGCGUUCGCCCGGAGCUGCUGCGCGGCGCGCGCGCGGCGUGGCGUGGCUUCUUCAAGCAGCCCGCGGAGGUGCGCGAGCGCUACGCGAACUCGCCGUCGACGUACGAGGGCUACGGCAGCCGCCUCGGCACCGCUAAGGGAGGCCCCCUGGAUUGGGGCGACUACUACUUCCUCCACCUCCUGCCGUCGUCCCUCAAGAACCACGAAAAGUGGCCUUCCCUCCCUUACUCUCUACGGGGCACGACGGAGGAGUAUGGAGAGGAAGUGUUGCAUCUGUGCCGGAGGGUGAUGCGGCUGCUUUCCAGCGGGCUGGGACUGGAAGCCGGAAGACUGCAGGCGGCGUUCGGCGGAGAGGGUGGCGAAGGGGCGUGCUUGCGGAUCAACUUCUACCCGCGGUGCCCGCAGCCAGAACUCACGCUGGGCGUAGCGGGGCACUCCGACCCCGGCGGCAUGACCAUGCUGCUGGUCGACGACCACGUGAAGGGCCUGCAGGUAAGGGGACCCGACGGACAGUGGAUCAUCGUCGACCCCGUCCCCGACGCCUUCAUUGUCAACAUCGGUGACCAGAUCCAGGUGCUGAGCAACGCGGCAUACAAGAGCGUGGAGCACCGAGUGACGGUGAGCGCCACGGAGGACCGGCUGUCUAUGGCUUUCUUCUACAACCCGCGAAGCGACCUGCCCAUCGCGCCGAUGGCGGAGCUGGUGGGGCCAGGCCGGCCGGCGCUGUACCCGGAGAUGACCUUCGAUGAGUACCGCGUCUUCAUUCGGCAACGCGGUUUGGCCGGCAAGGCGCAACUUGAGUCCAUGCAGAAAGCCGCCGCCACCGCCGCCGACGGCGGCCGCCGCCAGCUCGUCCACCAGCUAGCAGCUACUGAACAUAUCAUCUCCAGGGCCAGCUGGUCUGUUAGCGAUGCAUAAUCAUCAUUGUCAUUGGAUGGAUCGGUGAACAAUAAUUUGAUGUUUAAUUUCUAUAGAAAUGCUGGUGGUGUACAUUCAUCCCAUGUAACUGAGCAGUAAUAAUGUGCGUGUGUAGAUACAUAUGCAUAUAUACAAGUGUGUGGAAGUGGAACUCCUAUUUGUGUUGUGUGUUACUUGAGUUCACAAGAGAAGUCAUGCAAACCAGGAUAAUGAUCCAAAUCAAUACUACUAAUGAUCUAUUGUUUUAACUGCACGAUUUUUUAAAUCGGACCCUGCA